CACACGGACAAUCUACAUGCUACCACAGUCUACCCUACGACGGUAUACCGUCGAUGAAGAGAGCGAUUCCCCGAUGAAUUCUCCUGCUGCGACCGCGGACGAUGCGACAGCCUUCGCGAUUGACGCUGCUCCGAGUAUGGGCGACGCUAUUCCUCCCGGGAGUAUAGGCGACGCUAACCCUACCACGACCGCCGCCGCUACCUCCACAAACGAAGCCAUACCCGCAACUAUCAGUGCUGCACCCUCCGCGACCGAGACCACUCCUACCACAACCGACGCUACGCAAACCGUGAACGACGCUGCACCUACCACGAGCGACGCUGCACCUACCCCAAACAAGGCCGCUCCCACCACAAUCGACACUACCUCCCUCACUACCGACGCCCCACCACCCGCCCUAACCCUCCACACCCCCGCCCAGAUCACCGCUCUCGCUCUCGUGCCGCAUGAUAUCUGUGCGGACACGCUGAUUGCUGGCUCGGCCGACGGCACCCUCCGCGUCUACGACCUAACGCACGGAAAGGUCCUGCGCGCAGUGCGCGGGCUCGGGGACGAGGUGGCGAGCAUAGCCAUCGUCGUGCCAGAUAAGAAGGGGAAGGAUACGGGCAAGGACAAGGGGAAGGGUACGGACAAGGACAAGGGGAAGGGUGCGGACACGGACAAGGGGAAGGGUGCGGACAAGGAAUCAAGUUUGCGAGCCUGGGUCGCGUGUGGGAGGAAAGUCCUCCACUUCGACCUCUCGCCCAGCGCACCCAUGCUGCAGACGGCGAAGGACGCGGCGGCGGCGGUCGAUGUGUGCGAGGAGGACGAGGGGGAUGCGGUCAAUGGGCUCGCCCUCCUCCCCCGCGGCACGCACCUCGCGUUCUGCACCGACGCGGGCGCGGUGGGCGUGCUGGAAGUAGACAAGGUCGGCGUGCUCGACAUUGACCCCGGAAAAAUCAGAAGAUUAAGAGGAAGGCAUUCGAAUCUCGCCUCCACCCUCCACCCCGUCCCGCACC